GGCCUUGCCGGUCCAGCCGGAGACCCGCGCCGCGAAGCCCCCCUCCCACUCCGGCCGCAGCCCACCGUCCUCGCCCAGGUCCGCGGAGUACACUUUAAGAGGCGGGGUCUGCUCACACCGUGCCUGAUUGCGUCAUUAUCGUGCGCCUCGGGCGUUGGUCUCCACGUGGGCUUAGUGGAGAAACCCGGGACUGGGGAUCAUGGCGGGAGCCGAGGCUGGGGACGCGGCAGGAGCGGAGGCGCCGCAGCCCCAGAAGCGCUACUAUCGGCAACGUGCUCACUCUAACCCCAUGGCUGAUCACACGCUGCGCUACCCUGUGAAGCCUGAAGAGAUGGACUGGUCUGAGCUGUACCCAGAGUUCUUCGCUCCACUGACUCAAAAUAAGAGCCACGAUGACCCAAAGGAUAAGAAAGAAAGGAGAGCUCAGGCCCAAGUGGAGUUUGCAGACAUAGGCUGUGGCUAUGGUGGCCUGUUAGGCCCUCCCCCUUCCAGUCCAGUGACAGUGUUUGGAUCUAAGCCUAACCCUAACUUCAACCCUCUUCUCCAGCAUAGAACCAGCCAUCCAGUGGAACUGUCACCGUUGUUCCCAGACACACUGAUUCUGGGUCUGGAGAUCCGGGUGAAAGUCUCAGACUAUGUACAAGACCGGAUUCGGGCCCUUCGAGCAGCUCCUGGAGGUGGCUUCCAGAACAUCGCCUGUCUCCGUAGCAAUGCCAUGAAACACCUUCCUAACUUCUUCCGCAAGGGCCAGCUGACAAAGAUGUUCUUCCUCUUCCCCGACCCACAUUUCAAGCGGACGAAGCACAAGUGGCGAAUCAUCAGUCCCACGCUGCUGGCAGAAUAUGCCUACGUGCUUAGAGUCGGGGGGCUGGUAUACACCAUAACUGAUGUGCUGGAGCUGCAUGACUGGAUGUGCACCCAUUUUGAAAGGCACCCGCUGUUUGAGCGUGUGUCCCUGGAGGAACUGAGUGAAGAUCCCAUUGUGGGACAUCUGGGCACAUCAACCGAGGAGGGAAAGAAAGUCUUACGCAACGGAGGCAAGAAUUUCCCAGCCAUCUUCCGAAGAAUACAGGAUCCCACCUUCCAGGCAGUGACCCCCAAUCCCACCCCCCUUGGCCACUGACGGCCUGCCUUGCCUUAGCUUGACCCCUGGACCUUCCCAGCUAAGACUGCCAGGGCCGAGAGGCAACAGUCUCAAAGAAGUUGGGGAACUGCUCAGGCCAGAAGCCUGGGGUUCACAACUGACCUCUCAUCUUCUUGCCCGUCUACCACGAAUAGAAAGCAAAAGAAGCUAACUGGGCAGGUCAAAAGACCUUGGACCAGAGGGGCUGUUUGGAAGGGUGUGGGGUCUUGCUCUUCCUUCUCCUAGGAUCUCUCCUCAGCUGGAGUGAGGAAUGCAAUUCUCCACUGUCCAUCUAAACUGCUUGCUAGACUCAAA